CUCCCGAAAGGAAGCAGGGAGGAAAAGGGACAUUCGUAUCGUUUGUUCUUGGGGGCAGGUAUUAUGGAAGAAGGAAGCAAUAUCGCAGCAUUAGUCUCAAGCAUUGGGGAACAGGAAGCUGUAGUGAUUUCCGAGGCCAUCCUCAGCCCGCCCUUGGAAAGUGGUGAAGACCAAAGGAAGUGUAACCCUGAUCCGCUAAUCCAGGUCAUCCAAAAGCUAAGCAGAAUUGUUGAGAAUGAGAAGUCCCAGAAAUGCCUUCUGAUAGGGAAGAAGCGUUUACAUCCGGAAGCCGCUGUGCUUUCAGUUGACUCACAAGACCUCCCGGAGAUCCCCGCUAAAGCAGUUGAAUUGCCCGCCCUGGGCACAAUAAAUAUCGAAGACUAUUACAUGACUGACUGUCCCCCACAGAGUAAGAGGAAAGUGGUUUGCUACCAGUGUAGCCUUUGCAAGUCCCUGUCUCCCUCUCUCCAUCUUUUAAAAGAACACCUGAAACAACAUGGUCAGCAGAAUGAGGUAAUACUCAUGUGCUCCAUAUGUAACUUUGCCACUGUAAGCCUAGAAGAAUUUGAAACUCAUGUGAGAUGUCACCCAGACAAUGAUGACAAAAUCCUCGCUCCAUCGAAAGAGCAGCAAUGUAUGAGUCUCUCUGGUACUGCUGUGCAUGGGCCAGUGGAAAGUUUUGUCAAAGCGGGCCCUGAUCUGGUGGCACAGCUUCAGUCUCCUCCUCUGACAGAGAAGGGGAGGCGAAAAUGGUACACUUAUGAGCAAUACGGCAUCUACCGCUGCUUAAUUUGUAGCUACACUUGUGGCCAGCAAAGAAUGUUGAAAACGCACGCUUGGAAGCAUGCCGGGGAAGUCGAUUGCUCAUAUCCUAUAUUUGAAGAUGAAAACGAGCAAGCCGCGUUACCGGAUUCCACCGCGUCGGGCGUUCCUCACAACGUCGACACCGUCGUCCUUGCGCUAGAAAAUAGCAAGCUCGAUCUCUCCAGCGACCAGGCCGUUCAGCUCCAUCUGUGCAGCCCAGAGCAAACGACAUACAAGCCAUCACCCGUGGAAGAAACUGUAAAACAGGAAGCGGUCGUGAGUCAGUCAGCUCCACUUUCUCCCCAGGGAAAACUCUCAGAGGAGGCUCUGUCGGACACCGAUCUGGAACAAGAUAAUUUGGUAAGUGAGAGCCUGCUGUCAUCGGCCCAGAAGAUCAUUAACUGCAGCCCGAACAAGAAAGGCCACGUCAACGUCAUAGUGGAACGUUUGCCGAGCGCCGAAGAACCCGUCCUACAGAAGGCUUACUUGACGGGCGCUGAUAUGGAGACUGAGAAGAAGAUCAUCACCGAACAGAGCUGGGUUGCUCGCGAUGGGUCGGGGGACGUGUUCCAUAUGGACAAAAAUUCUGUCGACCUUGAAGAAGUGAUAAUAGGAUGGAGCAGCACGGAGAAGAAAGAUGCCGACUUAAGCCCCGGGAGGGCUAGAGCGGUUGAUGAAAAUGCCCCUCCCACACGAAGGAGAACCAACUCCGAGUCCUUGAGGCUGCACUCCCUAGCCGCAGAAGCUCUGGUUACGAUGCCUAUCAGAGCCGCGGAGCUAACCCGGUCGAGCCUCCGGGCCUUUGCGGAGGCAAACUCUUUAGGCUCGGAUACGGGUCAACGGCAGACCGAGGGCAGCUACCCGUCCCAUUCUAAACUGGUCACUUCCCUUAAAGCGGAGGAGUUGCCUGGCCUAAACCAAGCCGACUGCACUUUUGUGGAGAUACAGAAGGAUAAACAGGAGUUAGCUGAGGGCCCCAUGAAAAUGGGCAUCAGCAUGUCGCUGCUCACCGUGAUUGAGAAGCUGAAAGAGAGGACAGACCAGAAUGCCUCCGACGACGACAUCCUGAAAGAGCUGCAAGACAACGUGCAAUGCCAGUCUGCGAUGGACGCCAACGUACUGGGAAGCAACUUGGUAGAAUACAUCCCCAAUGUGGAUCGUCCCUUCCGGUGCCGCUUGUGCCACUACAGCAGCGGCAACAAGGGCUACAUCAAGCAACAUCUACGGGUCCACCGCCAGAGGCAGCCCUACCAGUGCCCGAUCUGCGAGCAUAUCGCGGACAACAGCAAGGACUUAGAAAGCCACAUGAUCAACCACUGCAAGACCCGGAUGUACCAGUGCAAACAGUGCGAGGAGUCCUUUCAUUACAAGAGUCAGCUACGAAGCCAUGAGCGGGAGCAGCACAGCCUUCCAGAGGUGUAUUCGACAUCGUCGUCUAACAAACUGAUAACCUGCAGCGAAAUGGAUGAAAGUGUUGGGGAUAGGAUUUCAGUCCAGAAGCUUUACAGAUGCGACACUUGCGACUACACAAGCACAACGUACGUCGGGGUACGGAACCACAGACGGAUUCACAGCUCUGACAAACCGUACCGAUGUUCCCUAUGUGGAUAUGUGUGUAGCCAUCCUCCUUCUCUAAAGUCUCAUAUGUGGAAACAUGCUAGCGACCAAAAUUAUAACUAUGAACAAGUGAACAAAGCUAUUAACGAUGCAAUCUCGCAAAGUGGCCGGUCUCCAAGUCAGCUACCUGGGAAGACAGUAGCUGAAGGCUCCGAGGAUAAUUCCGUUCCUUUGACGUGCCAUCCUGAGGCCUUGUCCCCGUCAGACUCCUCCAGCCACACCGCAAACAAAACCACGAGUUCCGAUGACAAUCAGAACCUCAGUUCUUCUGCGAAUACCUCGUGUGAUUCAGAAAAAAAUGUGAGUCUGCCCCAUCUCGGCACAGAGUAUUGCGUUCUGCUCUUCUGCUGUUGCAUUUGUGGAUUUGAGUCCACCAACAAAGAGACCUUGCUCGACCACAUGAAGGAACAUGAAGGGGAAAUUAUAAACAUAAUCCUGAACAAGGACCAUGGUACAGCACAGAGCAUAAGCUGAACAAAGCUCCCCCUUUUCAAAUGUGGCUCCAGGUGCUGUUUCUUCCCACGUUCAAUAAAUGUUACCUGAGAUCCUUACAAAAGA